CCAGGGAAGGGUGGGGUCGGUGCACGUGAGUGUGACUCUUCUCUCCAGACCGAGUCCAAGAGAACAAUUACUCAAAGGAAUUAAAUGUCGGUCUAAGCUGUUGUGUGCUUCCACUCACCUCCAACACUCUCUCCUUCUUUUCCAUUCUUUCUGUCGGUGGCCUGGCCGUCAUCUGUUGCCCAAGAUGAUGUCUUUGAGACCAUCCAGAAGUGCCCUGCGCUUUCUGCCCACUCAGAGGCCGUUACCUUCAAAUCGCAGGCAUUUUUCUGCUUCUGUGAUCGCCGGCGCUGUGUCGCCCCACAACACUGCUCGUACUUCUGUGAUCUCAAAACGAGAAUCCAGUACAGCGACAGCAUCCUCAGAUGCUCGUCCCGUGCCGAGCCCGGCUUUCAACCAAGAUCACCCACGAACAAAUGUAUCGCCUCUGGAAAAUCGAAAACUGCCGGAGCUCGAUGACUCAUUCGUUGGGCUGAGCGGUGGUGAAAUCUUCCAUGAGAUGAUGCUGCGGCAAGGCGUGAAGCAUAUCUUCGGUUAUCCUGGUGGUGCCAUUUUACCUGUCUUCGAUGCUAUCUACAAUUCGAAACACUUUGACUUUAUCCUACCUCGUCACGAACAGGGCGCUGGCCAUAUGGCCGAAGGUUACGCUCGCGCUUCUGGCAAACCUGGUGUCGUUCUUGUAACAUCUGGUCCAGGCGCUACGAAUGUUAUCACCCCCAUGCAGGACGCUUUCUCAGACGGAACCCCAAUGGUUGUUUUCUGCGGUCAGGUGCCCACAUCUGCCAUCGGUACUGAUGCCUUCCAAGAGGCCGAUGUUGUCGGUAUUUCCCGUGCCUGCACCAAGUGGAACGUUAUGGUCAAAAAUGUUGCAGAACUUCCUCGGAGGAUCAAGGAAGCCUUUGAAAUUGCAACCAGUGGUCGCCCUGGCCCCGUCCUGGUUGACUUGCCAAAGGAUAUCACAGGCGGCAUUCUUCGAAAACCGAUCCCCAUGAACAGUACCUUGCCAUCCCACCCAAGUGCUGCUAGCCAUGCUGUCCGUGAAAUUGGUCGACACCAGCUCGAGGCCACUCUCAACCGGGUCGCAGCCCUUAUUGAGAAGGCUGAGAAGCCUAUUCUCUAUGUUGGCCAGGGUAUACAUGCCCGACCUGACGGCCCGAAGCUACUCAAAGAAUUCGCCGAUAAAACUUGUAUUCCUGUCACCACUACCCUUCAAGGCUUGGGUGGGUUUGACGAGCUCGACCCCAAGUCUCUUCACAUGCUGGGCAUGCAUGGUUCAGCCUAUGCCAACAUGGCCAUGCAAGAGGCUGAUUUGAUCAUCGCCCUCGGCGCUCGCUUUGAUGACCGUGUCACCCUCAACAUUGCUCGUUUCGCUCCCCAAGCAAGGGCUGCCGCUGCUGAGGGUCGCGGUGGAAUCAUCCACUUCGAAGUCAUGCCCAAGAACAUCAAUAAGGUUGUUGAGGCCACUGAGGCUGUCGAAGGUGACUGUGCCGAUAACCUGGCCCUUCUUUUACCAAAGAUUAAGCCAGUUGCUGAAAGGCCGGAAUGGUUCGCCCAGCUGAAUGACUGGAAAUCUCGCUUCCCAUUGUCUCUGUAUGAAAAGGAAACCUCCGAUGGACCUAUCAAACCCCAGGCCGUUAUUGAGAAAUUGAGUGACUUGACAAAUCCUAUCAAAGAUCAUACCAUCAUUACCACCGGUGUCGGCCAACAUCAAAUGUGGGCGGCACAGCAUUACCGCUGGCGUUACCCACGAACCAUGAUCACUUCUGGCGGUCUUGGUACUAUGGGAUACGGUUUGCCUGCUGCCAUAGGUGCCAAGGUCGCCCGUCCUGAUGCUCUGGUUAUUGAUAUUGAUGGUGAUGCGUCUUUCAACAUGACGUUGACUGAAUUGUCUACGGCUGCUCAGUUCAACAUUGGCGUUAAGGUGCUGAUCCUGAACAACGAAGAGCAAGGGAUGGUUACUCAAUGGCAGAAUCUGUUCUAUGAGGAUCGUUAUGCCCACACACAUCAGAAGAACCCCGAUUUUGUCAAACUUUCGGAGGCUAUGGGUGUUCAAGCUCGGCGGUGCACACGCCCCGACGAGGUUGAAGAGAAUUUGAAAUGGCUCAUCGAAAGCGAUGGCCCCGCUUUGUUGGAGGUCUUUACAGACAAGAAGGUCCCUGUACUUCCAAUGGUACCGGCUGGCAGUGCUCUCCACGAAUUCCUUAUCUACGAUGAAGCCAAGGAGAAAGAGCGGAAAGCCUUGAUGAUCAAGCGAGGCGUUUAUAAGAGCUCAUAAGUAUGCUCUUCGCCUUUUUUAAAUGAAGAAAAAGAAAAAAGGCAUACACGAUAAGCGCAGAAACUACCGUUAUUGACUGCGUUCUUUAAUCAUCUUGGUCUCAUCGUUACGGAUAUCCUAGGCGUUAUGUUUGGUUCCAAUUUUGAAAUAAAAGUCAUGUGAUGGUUAUGGCAAUUUAUUCUUACUGUGACGUUCCAACCUGGAGAUCAGGUUGUGCAUCCUUUUUCAUUUCCUUCGCUGCGGCUUGCGAGAUGUCUUCAUGAUUUGAGUGAGGCGCAUGUAUAUAAUGUAUUUAAACAGUUGGGAGCUCACAGGCAAUGUCUUUGACUUGAAAAGAUAUAUGCCAUGAAAAAAAGGUUCAAUAUUUUGAUUUGACUACAAGAGA